AUGUCCUUACCUUUGAAGCCACUUACGAUUGACUCCAAUAAUAAGCAACUAGAUUCAAAGCAGAGAAAGUUUCGUGCUAAUGUUGAGCGAUCAUUAGAGAGAUUUGACUCAGUGACAGAAUGGGCGGACUACAUUGCUAGUUUGGGAACUCUACUGAAGGCACUACAAAGCUGGUCACCUAAAUUUCAGAACGUAAGAUACUACGUCCCAUCGCCAUAUCAGGUAAGUCGGAGAUUAACAUCUUCACUAUCACCGGCAUUACCAGCAGGCGUUCAUCAAAAGACACUGGAGGUUUACACGUACAUUUUUGAACAUAUCGGCCUUGAAACUCUAGCUACUGAAUGUAAUAUUUGGAUUCCGGGUAUUUUACCCUUAAUGACUUAUGCUUCUAUGUCUGUUAGAUCGCACUUAAUCGAGCUUUAUGAUAACUAUAUUCUCCAGUUACCUCAAACUACUUUGAGAUUACUAACUAGACCUUUAAUUUCUAGCUUAUUGCCUGGGAUUGAUGAUGAAAGUAGCGAUUAUUUGCCGUUAACUUUGAAACUCAUUGAGACCCUUCAGGAAAAUUUAGCUGACAAUUCCUUAUUUUGGCAAACGUUGUUUUUAGUUAUGACUGCUAACAAAGGCAGAAGGCUAGGCGGCCUCACGUGGUUGACUAGAAAAUUUCCAUCUUUAAAUGCUGUACCUCAUUUAGUAAAUCAAGUGAAAAGCGAGGCGGGAGAAGAUACGAGUGAAACUGGUACUAUUGAUUCACACUUGGACAGGAAAAAAAGAAAAGAGGAAGCUUUCAAGAUAUUACUUCCUGCAGCUAAAGACUUAGUGACCCCUGAACCAGGUCUACUUAUUCGAUGCCUUGUCGGUUGUUUGGAAGAUGAAAAUGACAUACUUAUUAAAAGAAGCGUUUUGGACCUUUUACUACAGAGGCUAAGGCUGGACUCACCUAUUCUGAAUGUUCUCAUUACUCCUGAAGACAAGAAGCUAUUGAUCAUGAGCUGUUGUAGAACUACUUUGAGCAAGGAUAUGUCUUUGAACAGAAGAAUAUGGAACUGGCUAUUGGGCCCUACUGCUGGUGGCAUAUUAAAUAAUAAUAAUGGAACCUCUAUGGCAGAAGCAACUUCUGUGAAGUCCGUAAACGAGGAAAGUACUGUAUAUUUUACAAAAUAUGGAUUAAGCGCGCUUUUGGAAGGGUUGAAGGAUCUUCUUUCAGAAGAAGAGUCGGUUCUUAUUGCGUUUAAGAUAAGCAUGGCCGUUAUGGAUAGAUGGGAGAUUGGCUCACUUGUGAUUCCUGAACUAUUCAUUCCACUUCUCUUUUCCUCAGAAAGUUUCAAGCACAACGAACAAAUCACGAAAACCGCACGUACGUUUUUUGAUAAUGUUGAAACGAAUAUUAUAUGGGGAAAGCUAUUUCAAAAAAUUGAAGAUAUCAAGAAUUUAAAAAUUCUAGACUUUGUAUUAACUAAUUUCAACAUUGGAAGCGAUGAAGAGAUUAUUGUGCGUCACCUUCCCUUGAUUUUAUUGGCCUUACUUGCCCUUCCAUUUUCUCACGAGGAUACGCAAGAUAUUUAUAAGCUUCAAAAAUUUUCCUUGUACAACAAAUUAUUAAGCUAUAUUCCUGAAAGGGCUCUGCUUCCUCUGAGCCACUCAAAAUUGAAUUAUAAUAAUGAUUUAAACCGCGAAGAACUUUUGGGCAAAAUAAGUGGCUUCUAUACUAGUGUUUCGAAUCCAUCUAGCGCACCAGAUAAGGAGAGUAUAAAUGAACGAUUGCCCCCAUUUACAACGGAGGAUUUGACGUUUUUGAUAGCAAAACUUAUUCACAAAAAGCUCCUCUCAAGUUUAGGCGACCUAAAAAAUAUUAAUGAAAGCUCUAAACUAUUUAUAACUGUUUUUGAAAAGAUACCUGAAUCUGAGGAGCCCAAGGGAGAGUCUCACUCAACUUGGUCGGAUAAAUUGCUAAUUCAAAGGAUAUUUGAGGCGAUUCCCAUGCUCUGCGAAGCCGAUCAUGGUGAAAAAUCAAAAGAAGUUGUUGGCAUUGUCGAUAUCUUUAGUAACUACUUAUAUUCGCGUAUGGAGUUUAUUGAAGCUAUGAAAUUAUUGAAAGUUAUCAUGAUGGCUGUUUGGAAAUCUUUGAAGGAUCCGCACCACCAAAUAUUAGGAGUCAAAAAUUUGAAGACCCUAAACAGAUUCAUUCCAUCUAAAUUUAUUGAAAGUGCACUAGUUUAUACUUUUGUGGAAGAGGGGGAUAUAUCCGAGAGAUUGGGUGUAUUAGAUUUGUUGUGGGCACAACUAGACUCAAAUACAAAUUUAAUUAGGCGUCCGCUCGAACUGAUCUUGGGUGAACUGUUCGAUGACCAGAAUCCGUUUUAUUUAACUGUUUCAAAGUGGAUCUUAUCAAUUAUAAAUUCAGGAUCCGCGACAAGGUUAUUUUAUAUUUUGACAGAUAAUAUUUUAAAGGUCUCUCAUUUAGAGAAAGAAAAUUUAGAUGAAAGAGAUGAUCUUGACAUGCUCACAUAUGAACUUCAGAUGCUUGCUUACGUUUUAAAAACAAACGGCGGCCGCGUUAGGAAAGUUUUUUCCACCGAAUUGACCUCAAUAAAAUCUUUAGAUAUAUGGAAGAAUAAGGAUGUCUCGACAUAUAAGAGCCUAUUGCUAGUUAUGUUGAUAAAAUUCCUGAAUAUAAGGAAUAAUUCUCAUGCAAAAAGUAUCCGAAGUGCUUUGAUCCUUUUAGAUAUCCUGCUUGAUGGGACAGAAGAAAACUUUAAAGAUAUUGUUAUAUUUUUACUUCAAAUGUCAUCCAAAUACAUUGCGGAAGAGGGUAUUGAGCCAGAAUUAAUAGCAGUUUCGCUGCUGGAUAUCGUGUCAAAGGUCCUCAGAUUAUCGCAUGAUAACGGUAUCAAACUGGACAUCUUCGAUGAUAACACUGCUCAUUUGAAAUACAUCGAUUACCUUGUUACCAGUGUUUCGAAUAUGAAGAGCCCUCUUAUUGUGACCGCUUAUGUGAAACUUCUUUCAGAAAGUAUUGUUUAUUUUGAGAAUUCUAUAUUUCGAAUGAUUUUGCCAUUGUCUGCAUCUCUUGUACAAUGUGUUCAGAGGUUGUUUUUGCUCGAAAAGAGAGAAGGUGGUUAUUAUCAGCCAGUAGCUCUGUUGCUAGGUGGUCUAGAAGAGUUAUUGGAAAUUUCUCAUGGAUAUCUUGUGACUGAUGAAAGAGAAGGAUACUUCUCAGGGUCUAAUCUGAAAGGUGAUUUUAUUCAAUCCGUAGUCUCAAAUGUUUUUUCAUCUGAUUCUUCCAAUGAAGAGAGUAGAAUUCAAGGCGAAAGGGAUGUAAUUCUGCAAUCUUUCAGGCAAGUGAUUUCAUGCUGCUUAGAUAUUUGGUAUUGGGCUCAUAGUAUUUCGGGUAAAUCCAACGAUGAUUCUAGUUUAGACAUUACAAAUCACAACUCGUACAAAUUCAAAUUUAAGUCCAAGAAACUACUGGAAACUUUAUUUUUACUAGAACCUUUGGAAGUUCUAGAAAAUUUAAUUAAUAUUAGGCCAGAUAAUGUUACGGUCACAUUGGUACAUGUCCUUGAUGGUAAUAAACCCGCCAUGACAAUACCACAUUUGUUGUAUGGCGUAAUUACUAGAUACAACCGGACAGCAUCUGUGAAGUUUUCUAAUCGGGAUGGAAGCUCUAGAACAAGUGCGACUAAAUUAACUAAAGGCGAACCCUCCAUGUUAAAAAAGUUGAGUGGAGAAUCAAUUAUUGCGUUUUUGUUUAACUAUAUUGAUUCUGUUGAGAAUUCCGCCGUUGAAGAGUUUUAUGGAGACUUUCUGUUAUUCUUUAGAGAAGUAGCAACAAAUUAUAACCUAUACUCUGAUGUGUCGUUGUCCAUAUUAAAACUUGUUGCCCUUAUUUCUGAAAAGGUAAGUAAAACACAAUUUGGAGAACAGAAGCGGGUUAGAAGGGAGAUAUCAGACGUAUUUUUCAAGUAUUUGACCAAUGCAUUUAUCAACUUUCCGAGCCUAUAUCGAGGCAACCCCGCUUCGUUCAAAGAUUUAGAGUUUGUAGUGUGGCGUGUUCAAUAUAUUAUCAAUGAUCAAGUUGGAGGUGACAAAUUCAAUACAACGUUAUCGACAAUUGUAAACCAAUGUCUAACUCCAUACAUCAAGCCAAGAAGUGAAAAAACUAUUCCAAGUUAUGUCCUCGAGCUGGCUGUGGUUAUAGCUAAUUUAGGUUCGAAAGUCAAAAGUUGGAGACUCUUGAUUGCUGAGUUAUUUCAGAACGAUAAGAAGCUUUCGGUGGUAGGCAGUGACCAAAUCUGGGAAAAAAUUAUUUACGAGUGGUCCGUUUACCCAGAGAAUAAAUCAAAGAUUUUAAAUGAUUUACUCUUAGAAAUUGGCUCCAAGCGCUCAAGUGUGACGCCAGCGCUGAUCACAUUUAACUUGGGAAGCGAUUCAGAGAUAGAAUAUAAGUGCCAAAACCUUCUGAAGAUAUCAUACUUGCUAAUGAUAUCACCAAAUGACGCAUAUUUGUUGCAAUUUUCCUCUCUGAUAAGUUGUGUUUGUCAAUAUUUGAUAUCCAAGGAUAUCAAGCUUAAGGGAAGUUGCUGGAUCCUACUAAGGGUUUUAUUUUUGAGAUUUUCAGAGUCGCAUUUCAACGACUUUUGGUCUAUGAUCUGCUACUGUUUACAAACUAAUUUACAAGAGUUUUAUGAAUCAUUGCAAAUACAAUCAGACGUUGAUUCACAAACAAUAUUACAAGUUUGUAAAACCCUGGAUUUAUUGCUCUUACUCAAUAUGGAAGGCUUUACUUCUACGAAUGAAUGGAUAUUUGUCAUUGAUACAAUAAAUUGUGUAUAUAAAACAAAUUCAUUCGUCGCACUAGUAGACGAAAUUGCAGAAUUCAAGGACUAUGAGAUAAGUAAGGCCGAUGAUCUCGAACUACCGACAACUUUGAAAGAUGGCCUUCCAUUAUUGCGAGGCAUUCACAAAAUUGAAAGGCACUCACAACUCAGAAAUUUCUUCCAGAAUUUAAGUUAUGUACAUUAUGAGGAAGUGUACGGAUUGGGAACAGUAGAUGUAUACGGUUGUGGUGAAGAUCUCAAGAAAGAUAUUUUGUCAUGA